AUGGAAGAGUUAUCAAUCGACGGAGAUGAUGAUGAUGCAGUCCUUCGAGCAAAUGGCCAUGAGGCAGUUAUGCCCCGGCAGUUCAAUUGGAUCUCUGCUCUGGGACUGGGGUUCUCUAUCACCAACUCAUGGAUCGGUUAUCUUAGCAAUUUUGGACAGAAUUUGAGCUAUGUCGGUGUGCUAGGCUGUAUAGUCUGCCUCGUGAUCGGGUGGGCGAUUCAGCUGGUCAUCACAAUGGGACUUGCUGAACUGGCCUCGGCCUUCCCGUCUAGUGGAGGUCAAUACCACUUCUGUUACAUACUCAGCAGUAAGAAGACCAGAAGGUAUAAUGCCUAUAUUGUGGGCUGGCUCUCGGUUCUAGCCUGGUGGAUGGCGACUUGCUCCGGUAUCUCGCUUGGCGCAAUCUUUCUCCAGGGAAUUGUGGCAUUCUAUGUCCCAAGCUAUGAGUCGAAGCAGUGGCAUACGUACUUGAUUUUCCUUGCGAUUGCGGCUUCGACCAUGAUCCCGAUGUUUGUAGCACCGACAAGGAUGUCGUGGGUGACGCAGUUGACGCUCUCUCUAACCUUGUCUGGGUACCUUGUUUAUCUCAUUACCGCCCUAGCAAUGCACGACCACGUUCAGGGUAAAUCGUUUGCAGUGGCAACCAAUCAGGCAAACAGCGGCUGGAACAGUGGCGCAGCCUGGUUGCUUGCUAUUAGCAAUGCAAUGUAUGCAUUUGCUUCCGCGGAUGGCGCAAUACACAUUUCUGAGGAGAUACCACGACCGGGGCGACGUGUUCCUCAAAUCAUGAUCAUGACAGAGGUCAUUGGUAUUGUGACCAGCCUUACCAUGAUUGUGGUACUUUUGUACUUUGCCCAUGAUUAUGAAGCCAUUCGAGAGUCCACUCUGCCUAGUCUUGAGUUGAUAUAUCAAGUGACUGGAAGUCGAGACGCUACCCUCGGUCUGCUUAUUUUGCUCUGGGCAAUUUAUGUUUCAUGUCUUCCACCUCAAUGGGUGACCUCUGGUCGGAUUGCCUGGGCACUAGCCCGUGAUGGAGGCACGCCUUUUCCCGAGUAUUUCUCUAAAAUCAGCCCGAAGCUAGACUUCCCUGUGCGCACCACGCUUGCAUCCUUUGGCUUUUGCUCCAUCUACGGCCUCCUCUACCUCGCAUCCACUACAGCAUUCAACUCUAUCAUCAACGCCGCCGUCCUCUUUCUCAACUUAACCUACAUCAUUCCCCAGGGUCUGCUUCUCCUGCGUGGCCGGUCAUAUCUUCCACAGCGGUAUUUCAGCCUCUCAUGGGUCGGUCUUGUCUGCAAUAUCUUCUCGGUGAUCUGGGUAUUCUUCCAGAUCGCCUUGAACUGCAUGCCACCACAUCUGCCUGUCACGUUGGACUCCAUGAACUAUAAUUCGGUGGUUUUGACUGGCAUCCUUGUCAUUGUCAAUGCACUUUGGUUUGUCUCUGGUAGGCAUACCUUCCAAGGCCCUCAGUUGACGCGCAUGCACUGCAUCUGGGCGGACUUUGAGCGGGGUUUAGGGGCGGACUGA